AUGAGAACCAUCCGGAGUAUCUUCUUCCGAAGUCACCUCCCAAAUCUUUGGACGCUGCUGCUGACUAUCGCAGCGAUUGGCGUGAUUUUAUUUCUUCAGUCUCUCAGCGUGGUGAUCAAAGUGAUCAAUCCGAAAGGGCGGCGAAUGGAGUAUCCGAUCGAGCUGUUUUACACUGCAACAACGCCAGUGAUGCUUUUAUCCCAGUUCGCGAGUAGUCUGGGGAAGACCUACGAAUGCAUGGGUCAGAUCUUGGGCUACAACAAUUUCGUGAUGGGAGCUCUCGGUGGGAUGAUUUACAACUUUUUUCAUCCUCCAGCGAGCGUGAUCCAAGAGCCACUCCAUUUUCUCGUCUACUCUGCGUUCACGGUGGUGUCUUGCACUUUACUUUCCAAAGCGUGGAUUGAGUUGUCUGGAUCGUCUUCCAAGGAUGUAGCGAAACAGUGGAGAGAGGAAGGGUUGACGAUCGUGGGACACAGGAGCUCCCACCUCCACAAAGAGCUUGAUCGAUACAUUCCAGCAGCGGCAGCACUUGGAGGAUUUGGCAUUGGUGUUGUUUCCGUGGUGGCGAGUAUGAUGGGAGUGAUUGGAUCUGGGACUGGGCUCUUUAUAGCAGCUGGCACCAUUUCUCACAUUCUAAGGACGAUUCAGAAGGAGAAGCAGAUUUAA